AUGACAGGCAAAAUCGCUCCAUCGCCUGUUAGUGCGUCAUCCGUGAGCUUCACGAAAGACGAUACUGAUUUUACUGCUGAAAGCUAUGCUACUGACAAGUGCAAGCGAACUCUGACGAUUAUUUCUUACUUUCUCACGGCUGGCAUCAGUUUCUUAACGCUGCAUUGGAAACCAAACUGGUGGAUCAAAUGCAACAAGAAACGAGUCGACCUGCUCUCUGCCGAUACAAUCUUUAUCCACGAAAAAACUGGAUCGUAUGACGAGUACUUUAUCCACAGCGCUCAUUACUGGGAUACGAACAAGAUCAAGCGUCAUUUUUCCGUCGAAAAUGCCCUCGUCGAAGUACCAAAUCUUCUUUCUUUCCGGCACAAGGCCCAACGAUUCUUUCUGACUGGCGAAAAGACCCUCACACAAGUUGACUCCCUUCAAGUUUCAAAAACAUCUGACUUGACCAACGGACAAGAAAUCAACAAUACUGAAGAAUCGCGUGAGAUCUUCGGUCGAAACGAGAUCAUCGUAAAAGUACCAAGCGUCAUCGAGAUUUUCUACAAAGAAGUCUUCAACUUCUUCUACGUCUUUCAGCUCUUCAGCGUCAUCUUGUGGAGCAUCGAUGAGUACCUCGCCUAUGCAAUGUCGAUUUUGAUCUUGACGCUCAUCUCCGUCGUGAUUUUGAUUUAUAACAUCAAGACGAAUCGAACCCGGUUAUCUGAAAUGGUCCAGAAAAACAAUGCUGACAGAGUGACAAAAAUCAUCAACGGGAAGGAAGUUUCCACUUCAGCCGGCGACCUUGUUCCAGGCGACAAAAUAGCACUGUCUGUGGGUGACGUCAUCCCAGCCGACCUGGUUUUGAUAAGUGGUGAAGUCGUCCUUGACGAAGCAAUGCUUACUGGCGAAUCGGUUCCUGUCGUGAAAUUGCCACUUCCCGCGGGGGAUAGUUACUUUACUCCCGACCUCUUCAAGAAUUCGAUGCUUUCCUCAGGCACAAUCGUUCUCCAGACCAGGGGAUCUGUAGAAGCUGUGGUCUACCGCACCGGGUUUUUAACCACCAGAGGGAACUUGGUCCGAUCGAUUUUGUUCCCGAAACCGGUAAAGGUUAAAUUCGAGUCUGAUGCAUUUUGGUUCGUGAUUGGAAUGUUUCUCGUCGCCCUGCUUGGAUUUGUCUACACCGUUAUCACCCACUACUACGGCUGUAUUCCAGGAGGUGAAAUUGUUGUCAAAGGUCUUGAUUUGGUCACAAUUUCUGUCCCACCAGCCUUGCCGAUGGCAAUGGCGAUUGGCUCUAUUCACGCGCAAAGAAGGCUUGUUCAGAAGAAAAUCUUCACUUUGACACCGAAUCGGAUUAAUUUGGGCGGCGGAAUCAACAUUUGCUUGUUUGACAAGACGGGUACGCUGACAGAAGACGGGUUGAAUUUUGCUGGAGUUGUUCCAAAAGGAACAGAUGGAAGAAUUUUGAGCACGGAGGCGAUUAUGAUGCCGCUUUUAGCUUUAUGCCACACUUUAACAAUCAUAAAGAAGAAGCUCUCCGGCGACCCCCUGGAAGUCGCGCUCUUCGAAGCCACAGGGUGGGAACUCCCAUCUUCUCAAUCAACAAACUUGGUUGUCAAAGACCCUAAAUCUUCUGAAGAAUGGACUCAUAUCAACACCUUUCCUUUUACUUCCGAAACGGCGAGGCAAACAGUGAUCGCGAAAAACAAAGCGACAGGAGAAGUAAAAAUUGUGGUAAAAGGCGCGCCGGAAGUAAUAAAAGGUCUUUGCGAUGAAACGAGUCUGCCGGAGAAUUUCGAUGAAGUUCUGGAAAAGUUCACGUCUGAAGGAUUGAGAAUCAUUGCUUAUGCACAAAAGGAAGGUAGCGAAGAAGACGCGGGAAAAGAUAGAUUUAUCGUGGAGGACAAGGUGAAUUUUGAAGGAUUCGCGAUUUUGAGAAAUGACUUGAAGCCGGAAACAGCUGGCGUUUUGAAGAACCUUCAAGAAGCAGGAAUAAGAACUUUGAUGGUUACUGGUGACAAUAUUAACACGGCAAUCGCUGUGGCCAAGAAAUGCAAUCUCUUCGAUGAGAAAUUAGAAGUGAUCAAGCCAAGCUUUGACAGCAAAGAAGAAUACAAAGGAAACCGGCUCAUUUGGAGAAAAGCGUCUAAUGAAGAAGAAUAUGUCCAGAGCAUUGAUGUUACUCAAUCAUCUUCAUUUACUGUCGCCAUGACUGGAAAGGACUUGGAAAAGCUACUUGCAGAGUAUCCUCAUCUCGUCGAAUCGAUUUUUGCAAAGACUUCAAUUUUCGCAAGAGUGUCACCGAAUCAAAAAGCUGAAAUUGUCGCAAAAUACGAGGAUAUGGAUCAAAUUGCGAGCUUCUGCGGAGACGGGGCGAAUGAUGUCGCGGCGCUGAAGCGGGCAAGUGUUGGAAUUUCUUUGUCAGAGCUUGAAGCCAGUGUUGCUGCGCCAUUUACAUCUCAGGUAGCAGAUAUCAGAUGUGUGGAGGAGUUGAUAAAGGAGGGGAGAUGCAGCUUGGUCACAACGGUCGGAAUGUUUAAGUGGAUCGCGCUUUAUUCCUUCAUCCAAAUGAUCACCAUCCUCAUCUCCUACUGGAACCUCUCCAACCUAUCAGACUGGAGUUACCUCUACAUUGACCUGUUUAUGCUUGAACCGCUUGCGCUGACCUUUGGUCUGACAGCAGCUUAUGACACCAUAUCGAAAAGAAUUCCAGACGCCCGUCUUUUGACAGCGCGCACAAUGACCUCGACAGCAGUACACAUUCUGCUCGUUGCAAUUGCGCAAGCAGCCGUCUAUGUGUACACAGUCAAUCAGGAAUGGUACUGCAGUAUUUCUUCUGAUCAGCCAGACUGCUUCAUUCGGGAUAACGAUGGCGAUAUCUUGGGCAUCUAUGAAAGAAUAAACGGUGACCCGGUAUGCGAAAGGGCUGGAAGUUGCGAACAUAUUUCGUUGAAUACGGACAUGGAAAGAUGCGAAGAUUUUGACCCGGAAGAUUAUGACUACGAGAUGAGAAAUGCUAAUUACAUCACUCAAUCUCUUUUCUACAUGACCUGCUUCCAAUACCUCUUCUACAUCAUCAUUUUCUCCCGUGGCGCCCCCUUCCGGAAGCCCGUUUUUACGAACUGGAUCCUUAUUCUCGUCUGUAUCGGGCUCCUCGCAGCUACUUUCUGCCUCCUGCUGAUUGAUUCUAAGGGAAUUUACGAAACAUUCGCGAUGGAUUUCACCGUCGAUGAGGAAUCUGGGUUUUUGUCAGCCAAUGCGACGGGUGACAUUUACUAUCCGCCGAUUCCGACGAUUGGUGAUGACUUUUAUGGUGGAUUUAGAUGGAUAUUGGUAGUCAUUGCUGCGAUUCAAAUCGUCAUUGCUUACUUUUUCGAGGAAGUUUUCAUUUCGCGCGACUGGCUCUGGAAUUUCGUCAAGCGAUGCCAGCGAAAACGGCACAAAGGAAAGCGAUUCCGGCGAAUCGACGAAGAUGUUGCAGCUGCCAAAAAUUGGCCAUAUUUGACUGAGAAGAAUGAAACGAAGAUUUAG